AACAAAACGGUACCCGAGCAAACCUUGCCAUUUUCGCUCGUAAACAAAUUCCAUCUGCACAUGAUAUUUUCUUAUCACGGAGCUAUUCGUUUGUCGCGGUUGGCUCCGAGCGGUUGUGGUUUAGCGCAAUAGAUUGAAUUCGACCUUGCGGCUGUGUGACCUCGGGUGUUGUUGCUCGCGUGCAUAGUGUUCGGAAAGAAGAAAAGCAUCCGUAAAAAAUGUUGAAUUUCUUGUCAGUGAAAAAGCCAUCUAAAGCUGGUCCGCUCCAGGGAUACAAGAUUACCAAUGUUGAGCGAAGCAAAAAGUACGGUGUGGCCGCUGAUUCGCUUCGGAUGCUGAAAACGAAAGCUUCCGAAAAAUUCAAGUUAAAGCACUGCCGCGUUUAUUUGGCACAGGAUGGUGUCGAAGUGCUGGAUGAGGACUAUUUCCACACACUUCCUGCACAGAUACUGUUUGUGGUGGCAGAACGGGACACAAUCGUAAAAACUGAUUUCGAGCUAAUGUACGAUGCAAUUAAAUCCUCACAUAGCGAGUUGCUGCAGGCCGGCACUCUUGCUAAGGAGUUUGUGGGCAACAAUCAGAGCGAGAUCGCUAGACUGCUGCAAGACGCACGUCGCUCGCAGGAUGAGCAGACAGCAAAAAGUCUACGCAGCGAGCACCAGGAGUGGUUUGAAGGAAUCGACGACAAGGCGGCUCAAACAAAGGAGUACGUGAUGCAACGCCGCGGACAGGAUCGAAUUAGAGGGUACUACUACAAAACUAAGGAUGAGCUAACUAAAUGUGGUCUCUACCGUAAGAACAUGAUGGCUAAAGAACUGAUCGACGAGAUGUUGGAGCUCUUUCGUCAACUGCUGAUUGGUUUUGAUUAUUUUAGCUGUAUAUUUGAUCGUAACCAUCCGCAACGUUUCGCGGAUAGUCGCAAUCAUCCAGACGAGGACGAGGUGGACGCUCAACGAAUAAUGCCGAAGCGCUUGAAGUUAGCAAUAAAAAAAUCCCUGGAGGAUGACGGUUAUACCAUCGACAAAUACAGAAAGGCACUCUGUAAUCGCACAGGCGAAUUUCGUUGUAUGGGAUUGUGGAAUGAAAAGCAAUGUAGAUACAAUGCACAUGUUAUUAAUCCAUAUGCUAGCCGGGAAAAUAUGAUUCUGUUUCAAGUUUGGAACCUGGAUCAUCAGGUCGAAAUCAGCCGUACUGUGCUUCCAUCGAUAGUGGAAAAUGUGGCGCGUGUUAUUACGAAUGAAGCCAAUGCAAUUUGCAAGAUUCAUAACCGGAGAGGCACAAAACUUUCUGUGAUAACGUAUUUUAUAGAGCUUUUUACGCUCGGGAACCUCAAACUGGUUCAUAUUGUAUGUCACGAUAAAAGUAUUCAUGAUAUGAUCUCAAAGGGAGCUAUAAUCUGCGACAAAUGUGCAGAGUUCAAGUAUAUUAAGGAGUUUCAAAGCAAAAUACGCUUCAAUAAAGACAAUUUAAUGUAA